AUGAUCAACAAAGAAACUGCGAUCUACAGGUCUACCGAUGGUCCUUACCAGAAUCAAAUGCUGGCAGCAUGCGCAUCUGAUGACUGUCUCUACCUCGUUCCUCUGCAAUGCUUCCAUCGUGUUGCUAAUAUACCAGUCAAAUAUUAUCCUCGUAGAAUCGACGGAGACAAGGGUCCUUCCCCAAUUCUCCAUAUUUCUUUGAUGCGGUUACCGGUCAUUCUCGAGGGGAAUGAUUGGGCUCCUACUGAACUGAUCGAUAGCGACAGCGACGACAGCCUCUCCGACUGCAGCGAUGUGGACAUGUCUGACUUCGCGGAUGAGCUGAAGGAGAUUGCAGAUAAGGUGCGAAAACGGCAGCAACCAACUAUCCCUGUCAAUAGGCGUCCUCUUGCAUUACCGUCUAUCUUUAUUCCUGUCUUCAACCGGCCUCUCACUGUCCCUUUGUCACUAUGGGCGAUGACACAAGCGAUGGAUGCUGUGAUUAGGCCUGGAGCGGACAUUAAUGAUUUUCUUUCUUUAGUUUCGCUCUGCAAAUGUGGGCUUGUUCUCUCCUCUCGCGCGUUCCCAACCCAUGCGUGCCAGAACGAAAUCCACAAAGCGAGUGAGUUAUCCCAUAUGGGGCAGUCAUCCGGGCUUUCUAGCAUUCCAUUGAAGGAUUUCUGCCGCAUGGUUGCGCAGUGCCCUUGUGGAAUGCUUAUGACCCGGAGGGCCUUUCCAGCUCACGAAUGCCAAAAGAUCAUUGUGCGAAGUGUUGCACAACGUAGUAGUACUACAUAG